AGGAAAGAUAUUGAACAGAGCAUACGGAGGCGUCUCCUAAACCUUGCUUCCAAAUCACGAUCUGAAUUCCGAGUCGACACAGAAAUGGCAACCGGAACAGCCCCACCAAGAGGAAGUGCGGCGGCUGCAGCAAGCCUGCGCAGGAGGAGAACAACAAGUGGUGGGGGUGCCUCAGGAGGUGCUGCUGGGACUAUGCUUCAGUUUUACACAGAUGAUGCUCCGGGACUGAAGAUCUCGCCAAACGUGGUGCUUGUCAUGAGCAUCGGUUUCAUUGCAUUUGUUGCUAUUCUCCAUGUUAUGGGCAAGUUAUAUUUUGUUCGUAAGGAUUAGGAAGUCUUCCAAGUGCGUAGCAAACCAAUCUACAUUGUUGUGGUUUUCAGUUUUCCUUAUUUCUGGAUUUGAUUACCCCCAACUUCUCUUAAUUAUGGAAAAUAGAAACAAUCCCAAAAUGCAAUUCA